AGCCUCCCACGUCGGGCCUUGUACUCGGCGGUGUUGGAAGAAGGCGGCGGCCGGAGCUCGGACGCGGCGGACGCAGUGAUUGGACGCGACUGGAAUAAUACUACGGGCUGCUUCAACGCCCCCACGACCUCCUCCUCCUCUUCCGAUCCAGACGUCCUGGUUGCCAUCUUACUCCACCGGGCAAGAACUGACACCGCAAAUGGAGGAAGAGCACAUUGAGCCACCGCCUUACAUCUACAUCGAGACUAAUGAUUUCUCGUACAGAAGGCACAAGCGGCAGAAGGAGGAGGACAUAGCUGUAUGCGAGUGUCAGUACAAUCUGAUGGAUCCAGACAGCGCGUGCGGGGAGAGGUGCUGGAAUGUCUCCACUAACACUGAGUGCACUCCUGGCUAUUGUCCUUGUGGUGUAUAUUGUAAGAACCAGCGAUUUCAGAAGUGUCAAUAUGCUAGGACAAGGUUGGUAAAAACUGAAGGGCGUGGAUGGGGUCUUUUGGCUGAUGAGAAUAUUACGUCUGGACAAUUUGUUAUUGAAUACUGUGGUGAAGUAAUAUCAUCAAAGGUAGCCAAGCGGAGAUCUCAAACAUAUGAAGACCAGGGUUUAACAGAGGCUUAUAUUAUUUACCUCAACGCUGAUGAGUCUAUUGAUGCAACAAAGAAAGGGAGUCUAGCCAGAUUUAUCAACCAUUCGUGCCAACCGAACUGUGAGACAAGGAAAUGGAAUGUGCUCGGGGAAGUAAGAGUUGGCAUAUUUGCAAGACAAGAUAUUCCUAUCGGAACGGAAUUGUCCUAUGACUAUAAUUUUGAGUGGUUUGGUGGUGCGAUGGUCCGGUGCCUCUGUGGAGCUGCCAGCUGUUCAGGGUUUCUUGGGGCUAAAUCACGUGGUUUCCAGGAGGCCACAUAUCUGUGGGAAGAUGAUGAUGACAGGUUUUCUGUUGAAAAUAUCCCUCUUUAUGACUCUGCUGAUGACGAACCUACAAGCAUUCCAAGGGACAUCCUUUUAAUAGAAGAAGAUAAGCCAAAUACCCAAGAAAGCACCAUUAGCACAACCCAGAGCACUGUGAAUCCUGAGAUUGCAAGCUCAAAUGAAUUCACGCCAAUGACUGUUGAACCAUUGACGGCAAGCUUAGAUGAACUCACAGCAAUGACUGUUGAACCAUUGGCGGCAAGCUCGGAGGAACCCACGCCAAUGAUUGUUGAAGCAUUGAGAGCUAUUCCAAUGGGUGACUUCAGUGAGAAUGGAUCAACUGAAUAUGUUGCACAAUAUGGCGACGACAAUAUGCAAAAUUCGACGCAUAAAAUUGCAAAGCUCGAGAACCAAAGUUCUCCCGGGAACAACAACCAUCAUACUGAACUGGUCCCGGUGAGACCCUUACCGAAAUUUCGUGGUGGAAAAACUAAACGUGGUCUGCGCAAGCAACUGAAUGUUGCAGAUAUUUGUGACCGUUUAGCCUCUGCUGAGGCUCGCGAGGAGAUAUUAUACUGCGAGGAAGUGAAGAAGCAGGCAGCUGCUGAAAUCGAUGCCCUGUACGACGAGAUCAGGCCAGCGAUCGAAGAACAUGAGAGGGACAGCCAAGACAAUGUAUCAACAAGCCUUGCGGAGCAGUGGAUCGAGGCCAGCUGCUCCAAGUACAAAGCUGAGUUUGAUCUAUCUGCUGCGAUUAUCAAGAACAUGGCCUCCACGCCUCUGAGGGCAAAAGAAGACGUGAUCCCUAGAGAACAAAAUGGAUUGUUGUACCUGCAAAACGGUUCAAGCUAAAUAGCCGCUGAGCUGGCAAGCAAUUUUUACAAUCCUUAGUUCAUUUUAGAUUUGAAGUGUUGUAAGGUGAUAUUAUUCUCAACAUUUAUGCCAUAAUAACAAUCUGAUUAAUUGAUUUGGAAAGACAUGGCCAA